AUGUCGAUUGACGUGGCAUCGCGUUCAGAGGCAAUGGUCAAAGAGUUGUGGGAUCGGCUUCCUGAAGCUGCGUUUAGUGAAGUCCAGAUCGUCAACUCAAAGUUGGAGACGCUCCAAGCUCGUCUCGUGGCCUGUGAAAAAGCAAGCAAUGCAAGCAACAAUGCCGGCAGACUGGAGGAGGUCAAGAAGGCCUUGGAAGGACAGCAGGCUACACAUGAGUCCAAGCACAACUCCAUGGCAUCUCGUUUGGAUGCUAUGGAGUGCAAAGUUGCAGGGUUCAUGGACGCACAUGACAAGCAGAAGCAGAUGCUGGAACUACAGCAUGCGUCCCAUUCAGAGAUGGCCAGUCAAGUAAGGGCUCAAGCUGCACAUCAUGCUGCACUUUCUCAGCGCUUAAGCAUGGCCGAAGGUUCGGUUGCGGAAGCCAGUCGUAAACAUUCCCAGGAGAUGGUAUCCCUCCAGAAGUUGCUGGAACAGCUGCAAAGCAAAUCUGCAACUUGCUCCGUUGAGGAGCUCAGGCAAUCGGUGGCCAACGCUGACGCACUGAUGGCGCAACAGGCUGCGCAGCAGGCGACGCAGCAGGCUACCUUGAACUUACGCUGCAAGGCAUUGGAGGACCGGAUCAAUGAUGGAAGCGGCUUCGUCAACUCUUUGCACGAGUUGCAGGCCACCAUUCAGACGCUGCGUGAGGAGCGUGAUGCGACUUCUCGGUCUGCCGACCAACGCUUCUCGCACGUGGAGCAGUCCAUGACCUCCCUGGCAUCUGAGCAUACCUUUCAACUUCAAAAGUUUCAGCGGAGCUUUCAGGAGAUGCAGCAGCAAGUUGCCAGCGAGCUCAAUUCCCGCAUGGCCCAUCACACCGCUAUCGAUAGCCGUCUUGGUCGAGUAGAAAACAGCUUACGACGUUCCCCUGAUGCACAAGCUGGCACUCAGCUGGAAGCAGUUCUAAAGAGCAUUCAGGAGCUUGCGAUUCAGCUUCGAGAUGGCAAAGUCCAGCUGGAUGAGCUGCAAAAGGUCACUUCUGAGCUGCGCACCAGGCACGAAGCCCUCAAAGAGCUGUCAGAGGCAGACAAGGCAGCAAAAGACUCAGUGGAUGCACGGCUGCAUCGACUCGAGAAGGCAUUGUCUUCGCAGGCGCAAGAGCUGCAGACAUUCCUGUGCAAAGCCCAGGAGCUCAAAGGCCAGGAUCGUGCAAGGAUGGAAGCCAAAGGGCACAGGGCACCUGAUCUCAGACUACCAGCCGAUCUCUCAGCAACACGUGAUGGGCGCAAUCCAUCCAAGGAGCCAAAAGGCGACCCCAUGGCAAUGACCAGCAAAGACCAUAGUUCGGAUUGGAUGGACAUGUCGCCUGAGCAUCGAAGCUUCUUCCAGAAUGUGACUGCAGUCAUCAUGCAGGCAUUGUUUUGCAGUUUUGCACUUGCCAAGCUUGAGAUGACGAGCCGUUUCACAACGCAAAUCGAUCGAAUAUCCAAUGCGAGACUCGGCGCCCGCAGUCUCCCUGCCACCGUUGGCACCUCACGCGGGCAUGGCACGGAUGAGCUCCUUGCCUACUCUUCGCGCCCCUUCCGGGUCGACCAGAACCAAGUCGUGACCGUCGGUGGCCGGCAUAAUCGAUCAUGCUUGCAAGAUCGAAUAGCUGAUAUUGGGAAAGAGCAGUGCAGUGCUGCCUCUGGUAUCGUGCGUCCUAGCCUCAGAUAUUUUGGUCGUUUCUACAACCAGGGGCUGCGAGGAAAGUGCUCCUGUGGCGAUGAGUAUGGCGAAUAUGGUGAGCAAAAGCCAAACAUCUCUGAUGGAAUUCCAGGCUGUGACUGCAAUGGCCCAUACUUCGCAUACCACGCGAAUUGUAUCUGGGAGCAGACCAGUGGCCGAUUCGGCGAUGAGACGAUGUUGCCUUUGUGGACGCAAUCCUUGUCCACGACAUCUGCCGAAAUGCUGGCACCGGUGGAUAAGGAUACUCGAAUUCGCUGCAAUGUGACCGCUGCGGGUAUCAGCACUUCUCCCCGAACCUCUGCGUUUUGCACAAGUAGGGGCUGUACUUUGUCCAUGACGAAUCUUGCUCCCUCGACAACGUACACAGUGUCCUGCGAGGCGGAGCCAGAUGCCCAGCACAGAAGCAGGCGACUAGCGAUCCUCUUGGUCCGGACUCUGGAUCCCUAUGUCCCGCCGGCAACACGGGCUCCUACUCGACCACCUCUGGACCUCACUGAGCCAGAAUAUGUCCUGGAGAGCACACCGGCUCCAGUAAUCUACACUCCGCACGGCAACCCUCCUUGGGAAUGGUUGCCAUUCGUUGCAGUCGCUUUAGUAUGUCUUUCACUUUUCCCAACACUGAAAUAUUGCACCAGCGGCAAGCGUACAGCUGUGCUCGAGUCACUCGAGCUCCCUCACACCUUCUGGUUGGUUUGGGAGCUGGUGUUGGCAGCAGAUGCAGCGCUCGGAUCCGUUUUUCUUCUGGAUUUGUUGACCGUGCGUUAUGAGCGAGAAGCCCCAUAUUGGGACGAGCUGAGCCUCAUUCAAGCCCUCGUCCUAACUCUUCAAGCUGCAUUGCAUGGCAUUGCAUUUCUGUUCUUCGGAUUGCUUCCAUCUGCCAUGCGUUGCAUUGCUCAUGAACUUGGGCGAGAUCGUCAAGGCCACAACUGGACACUACUUCGGCAUAAGGGACGGCAGCACCGCGCUGGUGUCAAGACCCACAAGUCGGCAUUGCCACCAGAAUUGGAUUCGCAGCAGAAUCCAUCGGCCCUGCAUUACCUUCCGCCCGUAUCAAUGUUGGCAGUUUGCCGGGCUAGUGAUCAGGACAUGCAGCUUGUUGUGCCGCGAAAGGUCGGCAUAAAUAGCAUCCACUUGUUUGUCAGCUUCCUGCAAGCAGCUUGUGCUUUUUUCUAUACAUCUCACUCCUGGCCGAUGCAAGCCUCCUUAGGAGCAAGCAUUUCCUGCAUGUGUACAUUUGCCGUGAUGGGCAUCUUUGCAUCCUUGACAAUGUUGCGUGUGCAUCAAGUCAAGAGACAGGGCCUUGUACAGCUAGAUGCCAGAUUCGCUCAGUCCUCGCAGUCCUCGGCUCCCAGGGUUGGCCUGCAAGGUCCCAGAGGUGCUCGUCCCCUGGGCAAAGCUCAGGUCAAUGGAAGAAGCUGA